GCUCCAGCGCCCCUCCUCUGGCGAGCUGCGGAGCUCGGGAGGGAGAGCGAGCGAGGGAGCUAGCGAGUGAGGAGCUAGGAGCGAGGAGAGGAGCGGAGCGGGCGCAUCCGGAUGAUCAGAGCGCUGCUGCCUGGCCCUGGGCAGCUCGGCGCAGCUCAGCGGAGCGGAGCGAAAAGAGCGGAGCCGUAACCAGCCCAUGCGCCUCCUCCAGCUGCCCCAGGAGCGCAGUCCCGGCCCGGCCCGGCCAGGUCCCGUCCCGGCCCCGGCCCCGGUCCCGGCCGCAGUGAUAUUGGCAGUGCACUUGGAUGGAACGUCACCCAGGCCGACUGACAACACCAAUAUUCCAGGAGCUGAGGCCCGUUUCCAGGAUCCUGGAUCUCUGAUCGUCCCCAUCAUUCCCUCUCUUGCCUUGAUACCUGCAAACAUUUGACUCUCUAGUUGGGUGAUUGAGGACUGCAAAGCUGCUGUCUACGUGGACUGGGGCUGAUAUCUCCCGUCCAUCUGCCAGGACCUCCCUAUCCAAACACAGAGACAUGGCGACCAAUGGGACCAAGAUUGCAGAUGGGCAGAUUUCCACUGAGGUCAGUGAGGCCUCCAUCACCAAUGACAAGCCCAAGACAUUGGUGGUGAAAGUACAGAAGAAGAAAUCAACAGACCUUCCUGACCGAGACACCUGGAAAGGCCGGUUUGACUUCCUCAUGUCCUGCGUAGGCUAUGCCAUUGGCCUGGGGAACGUUUGGCGCUUUCCCUAUCUCUGUGGAAAGAAUGGUGGUGGGGCAUUUCUGAUCCCUUACUUCCUAACUCUCAUCUUUGCUGGAGUCCCUCUCUUCCUUCUGGAGUGUUCCCUGGGCCAGUACACAUCGAUUGGAGGCCUAGGGGUUUGGAAGCUUGCUCCAAUGUUCAAGGGUGUAGGGCUGGCUGCUGCUGUGUUAUCCUUUUGGCUUAAUAUUUACUACAUUGUGAUCAUCUCUUGGGCUAUCUACUACCUGUACAACUCAUUCACCACAACUCUUCCCUGGAGACACUGUGAAAAUUCUUGGAACACAGACCGCUGCUUCUCCAACUACAGCAUCGCAAACACCACCAAUAUGACCAGUGCUGUGGUGGAAUUCUGGGAGCGCAACAUGCAUCAGAUGACAGAUGGGUUGGAGAAGCCGGGGCAGAUCCGAUGGCCGCUCGCCAUCACCCUGGCCAUUGCCUGGAUCUUGGUGUAUUUUUGUAUCUGGAAAGGUGUUGGCUGGACUGGAAAGGUGGUCUACUUCUCUGCCACGUACCCGUAUGUCAUGCUCAUCAUUCUGUUCUUCCGAGGAGUGACACUGCCUGGGGCCAGAGAGGGCAUCCUGUUCUACAUCACUCCCAACUUUGGCAAACUGUCUGACUCAGAGGUGUGGCUGGAUGCGGCUACUCAGAUCUUUUUCUCCUACGGUCUGGGUCUUGGAUCCCUCAUUGCUCUAGGGAGUUACAACCCAUUCCACAACAAUGUCUAUAGAGACUCUAUCAUCGUUUGCUGCAUCAAUUCCUGCACCAGCAUGUUUGCUGGUUUUGUCAUAUUCUCCAUUGUGGGCUUUAUGGCAAAUGUAACCAAGAGGCCAAUUGCUGAUGUUGCAGCCUCAGGCCCGGGGCUGGCAUUCUUGGCAUACCCAGAAGCAGUAACUCAGCUGCCCAUCUCUCCACUGUGGGCCAUCCUCUUCUUCUCCAUGCUGCUUAUGCUGGGCAUUGACAGUCAGUUCUGCACUGUGGAAGGAUUCAUCACGGCCCUGGUCGACGAGUUCCCAAGAUUGCUCCGCAGCCGAAGGGAGCUCUUCAUUGCCAUUGUGUGCAUUGUCUCCUACCUGAUUGGCCUCUCCAACAUCACUCAGGGUGGGAUUUAUGUGUUUAAGCUUUUUGAUUACUACUCAGCCAGUGGAAUGAGCCUCCUCUUCCUGGUGUUCUUUGAAUGUGUUUCUAUCUCCUGGUGCUAUGGGGUCAACCGGUUUUAUGACAAUAUCCAGGAGAUGGUUGGCUCCCGGCCCUGCAUCUGGUGGAAACUCUGCUGGUCCUUCUUUACUCCAAUCAUCGUGGCGGGAGUGUUCAUUUUCAGCGCAGUACAGAUGACACCACUCACCAUGGGCAACUAUGUGUUCCCCAAGUGGGGGCAGGGCGUGGGCUGGUUCAUGGCCUUGUCCUCCAUGGUCCUUAUCCCUGGCUAUAUGGCUUACAUGUUCCUGACCUUAAAAGGCUCCUUAAAGCAGCGCCUCCAGGUCAUGAUCCAGCCCAGCGAAGAUAUAGUUCGUCCAGAAAAUGGGCCAGAGCAACAGCCCCAGUCGAGCAAUUCGGCCAACAAAGAAGCUUACAUCUAGCAGGUUGCCCACGGCAGUAAGACAAAGAGGAUGCUGGAGAAAACUAUCACUCAAUCCAACCUGGUUGAACAUGACCAUAAAUUGAUGUCUGAAGAUACUAUCGAUCAACCUACCUCUAGUGGCAAAAAAAAAAAAAGAAAAGAAAAA